AUGCCGCGUUCUUUCCUGGUGAAGAAGAUCAAGCUCGAUGAUGAAGGCUUCUCCUCCUCCUCUUCCUCAUCCUCGCCCCCCCACCACCACCACCACCACCAUCAUCACCACCAACACACACACCAUGGAGUUGGAGUACGCCUCAGCCACAACGGUUACAUCCAGGACUACAUCAUGCCCUCGGUCUACAGUGGCGGCGAUAAGAAGUGUGAUGUGGAGCUGAAGCUGGCCUCUCCCAUGGUGUCCGAGCCGCUCUACCACUCCGGCCCAGCAGGAGGCGACAGAGAGCAGUACUGCUGCGACCCCGAGCUGGAGCAGCCGGACAGCCCCCAGUCAGGGCAGACCGACAGCGGCUUCUACAGCGGCGAUGCGGAGGCGGAGCCUGUGGGGGCGGAGUCUGAGGGCUUCUCCAUGGACGCCUUCUUCAUCUCCGACGGCCGCUCGCGACGCAGGCCCAAAGAGGAAGAGGACGCAGAGGGAGACGGAGAGGGAGACGGAGACGGAGAUGGGGAGGUCAGCGAGGGCUCGUCGCCGGGGUCGUCGUCAAGACACACCUGUAGCGAGUGCGGGAAGACCUACGCCACCUCCUCGAACCUGAGCCGCCACAAGCAGACACACCGCAGCCUCGACAGCAAGAUGGCACGCAAGUGCCCCACCUGCAACAAGGUGUACGUGUCCAUGCCCGCGCUGGCCAUGCACCUCCUGACGCACGACCUGAAGCACGUCUGCACCGUGUGCUCCAAGGCCUUCAGUCGCCCGUGGCUGCUCCAGGGCCACAUGCGCUCGCACACGGGGGAGAAACCCUUCGCCUGCGCACACUGCGGCAAAGCCUUCGCCGACCGCUCCAACCUGCGCGCCCACAUGCAGACGCACUCGGCCUUCAAGCACUACCGCUGCAAACGCUGCCACAAGACCUUCGCGCUCAAGAGCUACCUGAGCAAGCACUACGAGUCGGCCUGCUUCAAGGGCUCCGGGGACGAGGAGGAGGAGUCUGGCGACGAGAACUGA